CGCUGGGCGAUCGUCGAGCAGGAUGUCAUCAUCGACGUCGACGCCGGUGUUGCGCCGAGGGAGGUGCGUGGCAUGGCAAGCAUCGCAGAGGUGCGCACGGCGGGGGCAUUGACGGGGACACAUACGACGGCGCCACCGGAGGGCGAUCGGUCUUGGUCACCAACGACGCCACGUCAGCAGCCCAUAAAGGACGGUGGGGGGGGUUCGAACGCGGCUGCUCAAGGGAGCGGGCAGGCAGCACCGCGCCCCCCCGCGAUGGAGGCGCAAGGUGGUGGGGCAGGGGUGGGGUCUUCUAGGGCAGCUGGAGGCGUUGGAGUUGGCGAAGGCCGUGGGGAUGGAGACGAUGACGAUCCUUUGGUGAAUAGACAACGGCGAGGGUAUGUGAAAGAGGGCAUCGAUGCGGCGACGAGGCUGUGGGUGGAUGACCUCAGAUUCUGGAACGAGACGGAGGGAUACGGGCUUUAUAAGUUGAUCAAUGAGGCACGCUUGUACCUUCUCGCCAUCGCCAAGGGACUACAACCGCCAGUCAUACGCCGGAGCAUUGCCGUCCUGCACAACACCAUCCCCAAGCAUAAAGUGGAAGACGAAUCCGAGCCGAGGCAGCGAAAGAGAGGGCAACGAGAGUGAAGAGCAUCGCCUUGCGCAUUAUCCAUGGGUGAAUCUUCAAGUCCGGUAGCCGGUCUCGUGGCUACCACGCGGCAUACUGCUACGUGUUGAACCAAGUCGCCACAGACAUCUCCCGCGCCAUGUGGUGUGGAGAUGACUGGCGGACGUGCUUGAUCGGGUUGAUUCAUAACUUUUUCUUAGCGAUUUUAGAACCGUUUUUAUAUCAUAGGUCGAGUAAAUAGUAAUGUUGAAG